GAGCCGAGCAUUCGACCACCGGUUCGCCAAGAGCCGCCGCCACUCCAUUCAUUCAGUCGAGGUCCAACACGUUCGCGAGUUGCCACGAUAUUCAAAUCCAGAGGCCCGUCGUCGGUUCUCAGUCAAAGUUUUUAGUGCACACAGCAGUUGGCGUGAGUGCUUUUCCCGCCCUUGUCACGAGAGUCUCACGUGAUACAAGGCAAAUGCGAGAAGGCUGCCUUUGGCGACUUCCUCUAGUGUCUCUUUUAGACCGCAAAAUGACAUCCAGUGAUAUCUGACUAACGGUGUUCGCGAGUGAAGUGAAUUUGUAGUUUUAGCCAUUUAUCGGCGCUUAUGGCCAUCCAUGAGCCAGUUCUGAGUAUGUUUUAGUGUGGAAAAAUGAGCUGCCCAGGAAAGGAGUAACGAGACAUUGUAGAUGUGAGGAUACAUUUUUGAUGACACACACUGCUGAAUAGUGGAGAAGUGAAGUAAUUUUUCAUACGACCUCCAGCGAGCAACAAGUGAAAAAUGUGCAAAAUUUCUGUGAUAUUUACUUCAGUAGUACUCAUAACUCGGAUAUUCUUCGAGAGCCACGUCACAGCCCAACUUGUUGAUGAUGAGAACGAUUUGACCAACUUCGAACUGAGCAUUCAGUUCGAAGCGCCCCUGAUUGAGCCUCACGAUGAGGACGUGACACUGGACGUGGGCUCGAAUUACACACUGCGCUGCUCAUCCAAGUAUCCCGUCACGUGGUUCACGAUGCACGACCUGGAUCCCACCUCAUUCACCAUCACUGCACACUCAGUCCCCAUCGCCGAUCGGCCGCACGGCAGCAUCAUGAAGCUCAUCAAUGUCAAUCACAACCACGUGGGAUACUACUAUUGCCUGCGCGAGGAGACCAGGCGUCUCGUGCUGCCCGGCCAGGAGGCCGAGUUCCUCGACAAUCCCUAUCACAGCUCCAAGAUCUAUGUGUUUGUCGACGAUCCCGAGUCACUCAUGGUGCCCAUCUUGAAUCCCGUGGCGUCGGCCGUUCAGUACCAAGAGGUCACAAUUCCCUGCAAGCCCACAUCGAAGAAUGUCCAGGUUGAGCUGGUGAAAGCCGAAGAUGAGUCACAACAGCCUGAGGCGUCUUUUGACCCAAAGAACGGAUUCACAAUCCAAAUCAACCACCUCACCGACGGGGGUGUGUACAAGUGCGUGGCCAGCAUGGCCAACAAGGACUCGGCCAGCGAAGAGCACUUGUAUCAUAUCGAGGUGUUCUCGAAUUCCGCCACGGAGUUUGUCAGUAAGCCCAGAAUCACAUCUCACACGGGAGAUCAUGCCACUCAAGGAGGCAAAUUGGAGCUCAAUUGCACGGUGGAUAUGCGAGUUGGAGUCGCAUUCACCAUGGAAUGGGAUCUGCCUAACGACAAUGUCGCCAAGGAGGAGAAUCGAGUGGUGAUUGAGGGACCAACGAAGGAAUUCAGUCCGUCAGACAACACCAUGCAAAUUGGCCGGUCGAAGCUUAUCAUCAACAACAUGGACAAGGCGAAGGAUCAAGGAUUGUACAUCUGCAAAGUCACAGAUCACUCCAGCAAGUCCAAUUCGAAUAACAAGAGAAUCACGAUUCUCGAUCCCAAUCAAGGAUUCAUAAACAUGAGUGAACCAAGCGGUCGAUACACCAUCAAGACCAACUCCAACAGACCAUCAGUGCAGUGGAUCAUCCACUACACCGGCUACCCGCGGCCCAUCUACCUCGCGUGGUACGACAAUCAGGGCAAGGAGAUUCCCUCCUGGGGAGACGUUGAGGACAAGUACACCGUGACGAUCAGGGACAACGAGUGCAUCUUCCGCAUCAAGAGGAUCGAGCUGAAGGACUCCGGAGAGUACAUGCUGAAGGCCUACAACACAAUGGUGGAUCGCAACAUCACAGUGAAGCUGAUUGUGGAGGAGAAGCCAACGGUGAAUGUGAAAGAUGUCUAUGUGAUGCGAAAUGAUGAGGCUCUGGUCACAUGUGACUGCGCUGGCUAUCCACCGUCGGAGAUCGAGUGGACUUACACGCCCUGCAUCAUCGCUCCGAAGUGGCCGACGUGUGACAAAGCGGAUGCCAUCACUUUCGGCGACAACCAGGUGAAAACCACGUCAUCUUCAUCCCUCUUUCAGCAGUCUCAGCUGAGAUUCACCCCAACGCAGCCCGGCAAGAUCACGUGCAGGGCGAAGAACAUCAAGGGUGAGGACUCUGUGUCUGCUGAGGUGCUGGUGGGAGAUCUGGAGGAGUCGCUAGCCAUCUGGGGCGUUGACGAUAAGUACCCGGUGUCGGUUGGCGACGAGUGCAGCAUUCACUGCGGAGCACUCGUGUACAAUUUCACGGGGCCUUUGCACUGGUAUCGAGGCGAUUUGCCUGUGGAGUCGACCAGUGACAUCACCAUCACUGACUCACACACUGACUACUCCUACCGGAGCACCAUCACGUGGAAGAGCAUCUCGGAGAGUGACUCAGGCACGUACGAGUGCCGCGGCACGCUGCUCAAUGAGGAUCACCAGGAGAGCAAGUACAUCGAUGUCAGGGCGUAUGAUCCCAUCGCACCUCAGCUGCAGCAGACUUCCAUGGAGGGAUCAGAGAUGAUGAGGAAUCUCGGGGAGUUCCUCACGCUGGACUGCUUCUUUGCCGGACUGCCGAAGCCCAGAGUUCAGUGGUACAAGGAUGAUCAACUGAUUGUCUACAAGCCCGGCACCAAUUCCACCAUUGAGCUGUACAACGACAACACGACUCUGCACAUCAAGUACAUCAAGCCUGAGGAUCAAGGAGUGUACAAGUGCGAGGGAAGGAACAAGCUGGGAUCGGAUUCGCAGGAGAUCUCAGUGAAGAUCUCCGACAUGCCGGGCCUGAACAAGGGAUGGUUCAUUGGCAUCGGAGCACUGCUGCUCAUCCUCUUCAUCUCUCUGGUCAUCCUCUGCGUGCGGAUGCGUCGCACACGGCGUCUUCUGCAUGAGAUGAAAGAAGCGGGCCUGGCGAACUUCGAGGAGGGCAGUCCGGAGCAGAUAAAUCCAGCACUGGCGCUCGAUGAGCAAGCCGAUCUCCUGCCGUACGACAAGCACUUCGAGUUCCCACGCGAGAAACUCAAGCUAGGCAAGCAAUUGGGCGCCGGAGCCUUCGGAGUGGUGGUCAAGGGUGUGGCCCAAGGCAUCCUGCCGUACGAAGACGAGACGACAGUGGCGGUGAAGAUGGUGAAGAAGAACACAGACAACGAGGUCAUGAGAGCACUCAUUUCCGAACUCAAGAUCAUGGUUCAUCUUGGCCAACAUCUAAAUGUUGUGAAUCUCUUGGGCGCCGUGACGAAGAACAUUGCAAAAAGAGAAGUAAUGGUGAUUGUGGAGUACUGUCGCUUCGGCAACGUGCAGAACUUCCUUCUGAAGCAUCGAGACUAUUUUAUCAACCAAAUCAACCAGGAAACAGAUGAAAUUGACCCCACCAUUCUCACGCCCGAGCAGAGAUGGUCACACGAUAGCGGGUAUGAGUAUAAUAGCCAGGGAUUAAAAUAUCUUAAACUGUCCUUUUCCAAUAACCACGUCAACAACAAUAGUAAGGGUGAGGAACGGAGGGUGCCAUCCAUGAUGUCGAAGAAGGGCGAUGGGCCGGCGUCGCACAUCAACUCCAAGGGAUACCUGAGGCACUCCGGCAUGGACACGUUCAUCGGCGGAAUGGACAGUUGCAACACAGAAGCCACGCUGAUAUCGGCCUAUGCCGAAGGCGGCGAGGACAACAUGGUUCUCUCGAACAACUCCGUGCAGCCCGUGUGGCGAUCGAACUACCGCAUGGACUACAAGGGUCCCGCCAGGACCGUCACAACGUCCGAUCUGGUUUGCUGGGGCUUCCAGGUGGCGCGAGGCAUGGACUAUCUGGCGUCGCGGAAUAUCCUGCACGGGGAUUUGGCGGCCAGGAAUAUUCUCCUGUGCGACGACAACGUGGUGAAGAUCUGCGACUUUGGUCUGGCCAGGAGCAUGUACAAGAGCAACAACUACAAGAAGCAGGGCAAGGCGCCGCUGCCCUUCAAGUGGCUCGCCCUGGAGUCCAUCAGUGAUCAGGUGUUCAGCACAUACUCAGACAUUUGGUCGUUUGGCAUAGUGCUGUGGGAGUUCUUCUCCCUGGCCAAGGUUCCCUAUCCGGGCAUGGAUGCCGACCAGACGCUGUACUUGAAGCUGCGGGAUGGCUACCGAAUGGACAAGCCACUGUGUGCCAACCAGGAAAUCUAUGACGUGAUGCUCCAGUGCUGGUGCGCCAAUCCAGAAAGUCGCCCCCUGUUUUCGGAUCUCGAGACAAGACUGAGCAACAUGCUGCAGGAGAGCGUUCGGAGCCACUAUGUGGAUCUGAACGAGCCCUACCUGCAGAUGAACAGCGAAUACCUUCGGACUGGUCAGAAGGACUACUUGGCGAUGCUGGGACCGCCAGACAAGGCCGCUCCGCCCGUGCCGACCUACGUCAAUCGCGACGUGAUGUACGAGGCGCCGCCGCCACCAGACUCCUCGUCCGCCAGCUAUCUGCAGAUGAGCCCCAAGAGCGGCAGUGUGGCCUUCAGUGCGCGCCCCAGCACUUCCAAGCACUCGCCGACACUGGCGAACAACCUCAACACCUCUAGUCCCUCCACCCAGAAGAACCGCAAGAAGCCCGGCCUGCCCGAGGAGAUCCCAAUGCUGCUGAAGAGCACCAGCGCCGUGAGCUCGGACUCUGAGCCAGAGCUGAGCCCCAAGCCGGCGCCGCGCACCUCCAUCGACACGAAGGACAACUACGUCAACGUGCCAUCCACCGUCAUCAACAUGCACAGCGCAUUCCCGCGCGACGCCUUCAGCAAUCCCACGUACGUGGGCGCUAGUCCCAUGGGCAGAGUGGCCCAGCCCUGAACAUCUCCCCAAAGCAUCACUCCACAUUGUCCGCUUCUCCGCCACGGAGCGCCCCCCAAAUGCUUCAGACGCCCUGCCGUCCGGCAGGCCGCGAUGACAACCUUCUCGAGCAUCGCAGGGACCAUCGAGUCGCCCCGUCGCCAGUGUCCGGGAGUCCAGCAGCUGCCCGGGCAGCAGCGAUGGGCCACGAUUCUGCGUCGCAGAGAAAUUAAUGAUUAUUUUUUAUAAUUAUCACCAUUAAUUUGUAAGCAUAUCUAGGCCAUAAGCGUAUAAUAUAGAAGAGAAAACGUACUUUA